AUUUAAAUAUACCUAUUUAUGACAUGUGCCUCUACCGGUCGAAAAUAAUCAACCACUGAACACUAUAUUCUGAAUUAUUCCAUGUAGAAUUUCAUGUUUAACUGAGAAAAGUGGCAAUUUAUGAGCCUGGAAUUUGAGUGCCAUGGUCAUCACACAUAUCCUAGUUCUGAUGUUAUCUGUGACGUCAGGAUUCAGCUACACCUGCGAGAAGACAGCACGAGUCUGUGAAACGUCAUUGGUUAUUGAACAUUACUUAACAAUGACUGGUCCAAGAAACCGAGCAGUAUAUCCCAAACAGGGUAAAUUAUACGACUACAAAGUGACCAAUACAUCUCAGGCUGAACAGGUACCCGUCAACGAGAUCGUGACAGCAGACGGAUGGGAAUCAAGAAGACUAAUAGUUGUAGCGAAUCGAACACUCCCAGGCCCUGACAUCAUUGUAUACGAAGGACAAACUGUCGUGAUACAUGUAAAGAAUCAUUUACAAUCAGACUCCGUCACGGUUCACUGGCACGGUCUACACCAAGAAAAUACCCCUUUUAUGGAUGGAGUUCCUUUUGUGUCCCAAUGCCCCAUUGAAUCAGGACAAACAUUCACAUAUAAGUUUAAGGCUUAUCCUCCCGGUACUUUUUGGUAUCACUCCCAUGCAGGAUCUCAGCGUGUCGACGGUUUGCUGGGUGCUUUUGUUAUCCGUAAAAAUGAGUCUAAUCCUCUUCCAGAACACAUCAUGCAAAUUCAAGAAUGGAAUCAUGACUGGGACGCUGACUUGGGAUAUCAGUAUAUGAUCAACAAAAUCAUAGAAAAUAGAACCAAAUUUAAAUCUUCGAAAUCCAUUGAUGGUAAUUUCUUCAGUCUUUUUAAGGCACAUGCGGGACUGAUCAACGGUAGAGGACGAUACUAUACAAACUUUGAAGAGAGAAUUCACAACGAGGCUCCACUGGAAGUUUUCCAGGUGACACAGGGUACCACUUAUCGAUUUCGUGUGAUCGGUGUUGGAGCUCUUUACCCGUUCAGAAUUUCUGUUGAUGACCACCUCAUGACAAUCAUAGAGUCGGAUGGAUAUCCUGUGCAGCCCACCAUAGUUGACUCUUUUGUUAUUAACCCUGGCGAGCGAUACGAUUUUUCAAUCGUAGCAAAUCAGUCUGUUGGAAAUUAUUGGAUUCGAGGGAAAACGUUGGAGGUUACUCGAACAACAGUCGCUGAAGCUAUUUUAAGAUAUGACGGAGCGCCCAAGGAAGAUCCUACGACAGCUCAAAAGAACUGCACAGCAGAAAAAAAUUGCACCGUGUUAAAUUGUCCUUUUACCUAUUUUCCUGAAAAUGAACACACGAAAUGUCUUCGGUUUGAUCACCUCCGGGCGGCAGCGUCGGAUGACCCAGCUCCCCCUGCUAUUGAAGGAAAAUUUCGGGAAUAUUUUUUGAAUUUUGCUUUUCCGGGCAUCGAUACCUUUCCAGGAUCUGUCAAUGGCAGGUCGUUAAAAUUACCCACCGUGUCUGGUCUAACACAACCACAAGAAAUUAAAUCUCAAUGUGAACAGGCGGGGUGUGGAGAACAGACAUUAUGUAAUUGUACGUAUUCUAUUAGUCUGCGUCAUGGCGACACAAUUCAGAUGGUAUUCUUAAACAUGGGUGUCGGCUCAGGAUGGUCACAUCCAGUACAUAUGCACGGACAUUCUUUUUAUGUUUUGAAAAUGGGGUACCCAACAUAUAAUGAAACUAGUGGUAAAAUUAUAUCACAAAAUGCAGACGUUGAUUGCAGAGGUGGUGCGCCUCAACAGAAAAGUUUCUGUAAUGAUGCCACCUGGAUGAAUCGAUCUUGGCUGAACGGAAAUGUACCUACCUUAGAGCUUCAGAACCCACCUCGUAAGGAUACAAUUAUCGUUCCUAGCGGAGGUUAUGUUGUGGUGAGAAUCAAGGCCAAUAACCCUGGAUUGUGGCUAAUGCACUGCCAUAUUGAACUUCACUCUUCUAAUGGGAUGGCUAUGCUUCUUAACGAAUCUUUUCCACGUCUCCCUAAAAGUCCUUCACAUUUUCCAACUUGUGGGAAUUUUGAAUUCAAAGAUAUCCCAGAAAUCGAUAAGAAUGGCAGCACUGAUCCAGAGAUACAAAAAGAUACAGCCCCUUUAGAUAGUUUGAGCAUAAUUGGCAUUCUGGCAGUAGUUGUUCUCUUGGAAUUCCUAGUUAUAAUAGGUUUCCUUAUAAGCCUGUGCAUCUUAUAUAUAAGGAGCAAACCCGCGGAUAGAACUAUAGAAAACCUUUCAGAAGGCAAAAUCAAUCCAGCUUUUACUUCAGAAAUCAACACAACACAGACAGAUAAGGAAAGCGAGAGAGUCUCAGUGCAUCUUUAACAACCGCUGUCAUAUUACGAUAUAAGCAUGUUUUUCUCGUAUAGAAAUUUUAUACAUUUAUGAAAUUUAAUCGCAAUCUAACAUAUUGGAUUUUGAGAUUGUGUAUUACUGAUAUUCAAUCAUAUUGAGUGAUUUAGACUGAAUAUUGCUACAUAAUCUUGUGUUCAUGUUUUUGAGACUCUGCUUUAAAUGACUAUUUGUGCAUAUAUAAUUGUAUGUAUCAAGUGGAAGGCCCUGGGAAAGAAUACUGUGUGCACUAAUUAGGUCACCUUGAAAUAAAGUAUUAUCAUUAUUAUCAAACUUGGCAUAUACAUGUAAUGUUUAUGUGUAGUGUUAAAUAGCGUCUUCUUUAUUACUAUUGACAUGAAACAAGCUUGAAAUUGGAAUUAAAUGGAUGUUUGAAAAAAGAGCAAGUAGCUCUUUUCGUAAAUUGUAAUUGUGCCAGGUUGGUGCCGAAAUGGCCAUAGCGAAUAAAUGUAUUUGUCAUUUUAAA